AUGGCAAGUGCAAGUACGAGCACAUCUGGUCGAAGUCCUGGUUGUUUCCGUGGUUAUACAAGUGAACAAAAAACUGUCCGUGCCAAACUUGACUUGAUGAUCAAAUGGGGCCGUGAUCUGAAAACGAAUGUCAUGAAACAAUCUUGCAAAGUUUUACAAACCAACAAUCCAAACACGCGUGAAACAAUCGAUCAAAUUCACGAUGAUCUAGAUGAUUACAAACGCAAAAUAGAUCGUGAACUUGGUCUUAUACAUGACAUCUGUGAUGCAUUGACGAUCAGUAAUCAAUCGACGAAUGGUGAUGAAGAGAAUCUUCAAGACGAGAUACUUGAAGCACUACGUCGUUCGCCAACAUAUACAUCGCUCGAGCAACAUAUCCAUGAUGAUAAACGACCGCGUAUACGUGUGAAACCGCACAUCGACUGUUCCAACAUCCUCACAAGCACAAAACAAUAUGGUGAUGAAGAAACACCGCCACCACCACCACGGACAACCAACUCAGCGAAAAAAGUCGCGUGGACAUCAUCAGAAAUUCAAAUAACAGGUGGCAAUUCUCAGUCACAAUCGAUGCGCAAUCCAUAUCGAAUUGGUAUUACUGAUCCAAGUAUUCGCUCAAUAUUUUUACCACCUCCGAGUUCUCAAACGACGUUCUCGUCGACUGGAGCCAACAAACGAUCGCAAAACUCCAAUCGAAAACGCACGACUGGGCCGAAAUAA